AGAAUACAUCACUUGCCAUGAUUGGCUUAUAUGACGUCCUCCCAUUCUGAGCGCAUGCGCAGCUCAGGGAGCGUCACAGCUGAUCACAUGUAAACAUGGAAAUGCCGCUUAUCGGCAUUUUUCUCCUCUCGAGCUGUCAUGCUGACAGAGGAGAGGAGAGCCGGGGACAUGUACACUGAUCAUCAGGGCACUGAUGAUCAGUGUGCCCUGAUGAUCAGUGUAGCCCAAGCAGUGCCACCUGUCAGUGUCCACCAGUGCCCAUCAAUGCCACAUAUCAGUGCCCAUCUGAGCUGCCUUUCAGUGCCCGUCAGUGCCAUUUAUCAGUGCCAUGUAUCAUUGCCAUGUAUGAAUGCUGCCUUUCAGUGCCCAUCAGUGAUGCCUGUCAAUGCCCAUCAGUGCCACCUACCAGUGCCUCCUCAUCAG